UAUAGUUCUUCUAAACUUCACCAUGAACGAGAUCGAUGACAAGUUUUACUACGUCUACAGUUCUUCGUUGGACUACAAAGUUGAGAUUAAAAUUGGGACACUAGAAGGGAAGCGGGCAAAGCCUGAGUAUGACAGGCUGCUUGAAGAUCCUAUGCUCAAGUUUUCUGGACUGUACCAAGAAGGUUGCUCAGACCUGUACGUGACGUGCCAGGUCCUCAGUGAUGGGGUGCCGCUGGCCUUGCCUGUCACUACCUCAUAUAAAGCCUUCACCAACAGAUGGAACUGGAACGAAUGGGUCACUCUCCCGGUGUACUUCAGCGACCUGCCUCGCGAUGCGACACUUGCGAUGACCAUUUAUGACUGUGCCGGGCCCGGCAAGGUGAUGGUUGUGGGCGGAACAACUAUAUCUCUGUUCGGGAAACAUGGAAUGCUGCGACAGGGGAUGUUUGACCUGCGUGUUUGGCCGGGAGUGGAGGGCAGUGAGAAGACCCCGGGCAAGGCGCCGGACCGCGGCAAGGAACAGAUGCAGAGACUGGCCAAGCUGGCCAAGAAGCACAGGAAUGGACAUAUGCCGAAGGUGGACUGGCUAGAUAGAUUGACAUUCAGAGAGAUUGAGAUGAUCAAUGAAAAAGAAAAGAGAAGUUCCGACUACAUGUAUCUCAUGAUCGAGUUCCCCACUGUUCAAAUUGACGGUAUUAAUCAUGCUGUGGUGUACUACGAGCAAGACGGUGACGAAAUGUACCAGUUUAGGGCGCAGGCCGACAUCGUUACAGUCCCCGAUUAUGAGAUAGGACAGGAGAACCUAGUAGAAGCGAAGCAGCACCGUUUGGCACGGUCGCUCCGUGCGGGCGGCAGCGGGCGCGAUGCCAAGCCCACGGCGAGUGAGCGUGACCACCUCGCCGCUAUCGUGGCGGCACCACCAGGCCAACCGCGAGCCGCCGCCGACCAGGAUGCGCUGUGGAAAUUCAGAUUCUAUUUAACAUCACACCGUCGGGCUCUCACCAAGUUUUUGGAAUGCGUCAAUUGGAACAGACCAGGCGAGGUGCGGCAGGCGCUGGCGAUGAUGAAGCAGUGGACGCCGAUGGAUGUAGAGGAUGCUCUCGAGCUACUCACGCCCAAGUUUACGCACCCAGCUGUCAGGAAAUACGCCGUGUCUCGCCUGAAACAAGCCCCUGAUGAAGACCUACUGUUGUACCUACUGCAAUUGGUGCAAGCUCUGAAGUAUGAGGAUUUCUCAGAGAUUCAUGAGGAGUACAUACGAGUAUGCGGCAAAGACUCGGCCGUGGUAUAUUCGGACGCAGAAGGGAAGCUCAUGCAGAGCGGACACAGGGGCAGCCAAGCUAGCCUGCUGUCCACCUCAGUAUUGACAUCCAGCGAGAUGACGUCAUCGGUAACAAGUCGGCGCUCGUUAGACGCGCGGACGGAUGACGCGACACCGGCGGAGGAAGCCACUAACGACAACAGUGUGACUGACAACAAUAAUAUCUUCGCCGAGACCGACGGCGAGGAGCACCUCAGCUUAUCGUCGUUUCUGAUCGAACGCGCCUGCGGGAACAGCGUCGUCGGCAACUACCUCUAUUGGUACCUGCUCAUCGAGUGCGAGGACCGGCCCGCGCAGGAUCAUGCUGUCCGGGCUAUGUAUCUGAGAGUCAUGCGCGCCUUCUCGCACCAGCUGGCUAAAGGCAACGCGGAACUUCAACGCACGCGCAACUUUCUCGCUCGCCAACAGGUGUUCAUAGACAAACUCGUCAAGCUAGUCAAGACCGUUACCCGAGAGAGCGGAAACCGCAACAAGAAGGCUGAACGCUUACAGCAACUACUAGCCGACCCUGAUGCCUUCAAAUUCAACUUCACAAACUUCGAGCCCAUGCCCUUUCCCCUAGAUCCAAACGUAACCAUCAAAGGAAUAGUGGCCAAAAAGGCCAGCCUCUUCAAAUCUGCACUAAUGCCUUCCAAACUCACUUUCCUAACCACCGAGGGCGUCGAAUACGAGGCGAUAUUCAAGCACGGCGAUGACCUCCGUCAGGACCAACUUAUUCUCCAAAUGAUCACUCUCAUGGACAAAUUGUUGAGAAGAGAAAACCUGGACCUAAAACUGACCCCUUACAAAGUCCUGGCGACCAGUUCAAAGCACGGGUUCCUACAGUUCAUAGAGUCAAUAACUGUGGCCGAGGCAUUGGCAACAGAGGGAAGCAUACAGAACUUCUUCAGAAAACACAAUCCGUGCGAGGGCGCCCCGUACGGGAUCAAACCUGAGACCAUGGACACAUAUAUUAGGAGCUGCGCGGGAUACUGCGUGAUCACUUAUUUGCUCGGCGUGGGCGACCGUCACCUUGACAACUUAUUACUCACCAAAGCGGGCGCGCUAUUCCACAUCGACUUCGGUUACAUCCUGGGCCGCGAUCCCAAGCCUCUCCCGCCUCCCAUGAAGCUCAGCAAAGAAAUGGUAGAAGCCAUGGGCGGCGUCCACUCCGAACAUUACCACGAGUUCCGCAAGCAGUGCUAUACUGCUUUCCUGCAUCUGAGGAGACACGCCAACCUGAUGCUAAACCUGUUCUCCCUGAUGGUGGACGCGUCGGUGCCUGACAUCGCACUGGAGCCCGACAAGGCGGUCAAGAAAGUGCAGGACAAGCUGAGACUGGACUUGGGCGACGAAGAAGCUGUGCACUACCUCCAGAACCUGCUAGACAUGUCGGUGACGGCUGUCAUGGCGGUCCUCGUGGAACAGUUCCACAAAUUCGCGCAAUACUGGCGCAAGUAACCUCACUAGUAGUCAUUUACACUCAACAUCAAAUAAACCGCACCUUCCGCGACGCGAACUUUAAAGAUUUUCUUCUGACACAAUCAUGGUACC